GCUCGAUCGAAAGGAUCCUAAUAGCCUUGGGCCAAGUAUCGGGAGAUUAGACAGGGAAGAUGGAUGUUGAAGGGAUUUGUCUAACUUGGAUUGGAGGGGACGUGAAAACGCAGGAGUCGAGGACGAACAGUUCUGAAAGGAAGAUGGGCAUCGAGACUGUUAAUGACGCUGAGAAAUUAAGAAGAGCCUUAAGAGAAUUGGAGAACUGGGCCAAGGAAAUAGAAGGGCGAAGCGCUAAAGGGGAGAGUUGGAGAAAGGAGGUUUCGACGAGACCCAGAGUGGCCAGGUUCGCAGACUCGGGAGUGGCCAGGUUCACAGACUUAGGGGGUAGGUACUCUUGGAGAGAGGCACCUGGGGAACCUUACAAAAGGAGUCCCUAUUCGAUGGCAUACCCAUCGAGCUCCUAUGUGCCCACUUUCUUUGGGCCGCCAGUGUACCAACUACCGGCGUUGACCGGGAUCGAAACAAUUUUCACUGGAAAAAACGUUUCCGAAUUCCUGGAUGAUCGGGAGGUUAUUGGAAUGAGAGGAGAGUGGACUGACCAAGAGAUGAUUGCAAACUUCCUCCACCAUACGACACCAAAGAUAGACUGGGAGGUAAGGAACGCCAUUCCGGACGAUGGUCGUUGGCUAAUGUUCAGAGAGAAGGUUACUAGAGUCUUCGCUUGUAAUGAAAUCUCCUACUCGAUAGAGGAUAUGAAAGAACUGAAGAAAGAGGAGGAGGAAAGCCUGGUAGCGUUUGCGAGGAGAUACGAGAAGGCCUCGAACCCUCUGGUAGAGGGCGGAUUUAUGGGAGAACUAGAAAAAUGCGGAAUAUUCCUAGGGUCCUUUCCGCGAGAGAGGCGUGAGAUGAUUGUGAGGGAACUCGUGACUAUGGGCAUGACACUUGCGCAAGUUAAGGCUUUAGCUCACGACACAGAAGGGCAGAGCGCUAAAGCACAUAUCCUGAAAGUUUUCGAGAACCUAGGAUAGGGAUUAACUUCGGGGAGAGGAGGACGAAGACUUCAAAUUGAGGAUAGGAAGCCUAAGGUGGAAGGGAGAGAAACAAAUCCGAGCUUACCCA